ACACCUACUAGUCAAUCAUCAGGAAAGAAGAAAAUGCGGCAAACGAAGCAAAGGAAGAGAGCCAAAGAGAAACCAACCAAACGGAAGACAGCAAACGACGACUGGUAGGCAGCAAAGCUGAAAGAGUAGUAGUAGUGGUGGUGGUAGUGAAAUCCAAUCCCCGUAAUACCAAUUUUCCCGAUUUUGCAUUCGAUUUCCAGAGGGGAGGUGCGGUAAUGUCGUUGGAUUCCAGCUCAUCUUCGUCUUCUGGUGAUGAGUACAUCGAGGAAAACCCUAAUUCUAAUCCCAAAAUGGUGGAUGAGCGUUUCGAAGUGUUGACAUUGACUGAACCGGUGGAAUUGGAAUCUAAUCAUAUGGGAGAUGGCAGCGACAUCGUGAAUGGAUCGUUGAAUCGGGAGAGAAACGGCGGGGACGAGGACGACGAUCGGUUACAAGUGGAGAAUCAGGAAAUCUUCGGCGAAGAAGGGCCUUCGAGUCCCAGCAGCAGCGGGUACGCUGGGGAGAGAGGGAGCAGCAGCGCCACGAGCGCGUCGAGGGUCGAUGAGGCGAGUGAGAUUGAUGAUAAUGAGAUUCGGGAAGUUAGGAACGAUGGUUCGCUCGAAGGAAUCUCGGAUUCUCAGGCCUCCUCCUGGGUUCCCGGUAAACGCCACGUCGAUGAGGAUGAUGCUUCGAUAUCAUGGAGAAAGAGGAAGAAGCACUUCUUUAUUUUGAGUAAUUCUGGCAAACCAAUAUAUUCCAGAUAUGGAGAUGAACACAAGCUAGCUGGUUUUUCAGCAACGCUACAAGCUAUUAUUUCCUUUGUAGAGAAUGGGGGAGAUCGUGUCAAAUUGGUCAAGGCCGGAAAACACCAGGUGGUCUUUCUUGUGAAGGGACCAAUUUAUUUAGUUUGUAUCAGCUGCACGGAGGAGCCCUUUGAAUCAUUAAAAGGACAAUUGGAGCUUAUUUAUGGUCAGAUGAUACUUAUCUUAACAAAGUCCAUAAAUAGGUGCUUUGAGAAGAAUCCUAAGUUUGAUAUGACACCUUUGCUUGGAGGAACAGAUGUUGUUUUCUCUUCCCUCAUCCACUCCUUCAGUUGGAAUCCAGCCACAUUUCUUCAUGCAUACACUUGUCUUCCUCUUGCUUAUGCAACAAGGCAAGCUGCAGGUGCUAUAUUGCAAGAUGUUGCUGAUUCAGGGGUACUAUUUGCAAUACUAAUGUGUAAACACAAGGUUAUCAGCCUGGUUGGUGCACAAAAGGCCUCGCUUCAUCCUGAUGAUAUGUUGCUACUUUCGAACUUCGUAAUGUCAUCGGAGUCAUUUAGGACGUCAGAAUCAUUCUCACCAAUUUGCUUACCAAGAUAUAAUCCUAUGGCCUUUUUAUAUGCUUAUGUGCAUUUUCUUGAUGUCGAUACAUACUUGAUGUUGCUUACUACCAGUUCAGAUGCCUUCUAUCACCUGAAAGAUUGCAGGAUUCGUAUAGAAAUGGUCCUUUUGAAGUCCAAUGUUCUUAGCGAAGUUCAGAGAUCAAUGAUAGAUGGUGGGAUGCGUGUUGAGGAUUUGCCCAUUGACCCAUUGCCUCGAUUUGGAUCAUCUCCUCAUCUAGGCCACCAAAGACCUCCAACAGAUUCUCCUGAGAGGCCUAGGGAACCAUUUAUUGGCAUUGGUGGUCCUGCUGGACUUUGGCAUUUCAUUUAUCGUAGUAUAUAUCUGGAUCAAUAUGUAUCCUCUGAGUUCUCACCACCUCUUAACAGUCCCCGGCAACAGAAAAGAUUGUAUAGAGCUUACCAGAGACUGUUUGCUUCCAUGCACGAUAAAGGAAUUGGGCCCCAUAAAACUCAGUUUAGGAGAGAUGAAAAUUAUGUUUUACUCUGCUGGGUCACACAGGAUUUUGAACUCUAUGCAGCAUUUGAUCCACUUGCAGACAAGGCUCUAGCCAUAAAGACUUGCAACCGGGUUUGUCAAUGGGUAAAAGAUGUGGAAAAUGAGAUCUUUUUGCAGGGAGCAAGCCCCUUUUCAUGGUGACAUGUCCAUUGUGUAAUACAGAAUGUACUCUUAGCUUUUUUAACUCACACAUUCCGUCAUAGUAAUUUUUCUCCCCCAUACACCUUAGAAUUUCAGGAUACCCCUAGUUAGCUGGCCAAUUGAAUGAUUCACCUUCUAAAGGUUUGUUCGUUUCUUUUCUGUUUCCUUUUAAAUAAUUGGGUACCAUAAUAAAUCAUAAGUUGCAAGAGAAAUUCCAAAUUAUGCACUUUCUCUAUCUUUAUUUAACUGAGGCAGUACUUUGUAUCGGUUUGGUUUGGUUUGGUUGAUAGAUCUUUGGUGCAAUAGACGUGACAAAAUUAGCUCUUCA